AUGAAUAAUAUCGAGCUAACAGAUAAAUUAAUCAAUCGAAAAAAUGUAUUGAAAUUUAUUAAUUUUAAUUUUAAAUACUAUCAACAAUACACAGUUUUAGUUUAUAAUCAUUUGAAAGAUAAAGAUAAUGAACAACACACAAAUAUCACAUUAAUUGGAAAUAUUAAUCGAAAUAAUAAUAAUGAGAUUGUAAUACCAGAUACUGUCGAUACUCAAUAUCAAUUAUUAAUAAUAUCAUCAGAUUCUUACGCAGUAGAUUUUAAAUCCAUGUGUGUCGAGCUAUUAAACAAAUCACAAUCAUACACAAUCAAUUUUGAAAACAAUCUAUUCAAAAACAACCUUGACUAUUUCAAACAAUCUCAUAUCAUUAAUAACGAACGAUAUCAUUCAAUAUCAAGAUUUACAAACAGUAAUGAUAUCAAUGAUGUAUAUUUAGUGGGUGGUACUGAUGAUCAUAAAUCUUUUUAUAAAAGAUUGGUAAGAUCAUUUUUCAAUGUAAUUAAUCAAUUGACAAUUAUAAAACUAACAAAAUCAAUUCAAAAGUAUGUUUAUAAAAAGAUAAACUAUAAAGAUGAUCAGAAAUCUUAUGAAAGAGCUGAGAAUGAAAUCAAAGCAAUGAAAUUACUCAAAGGUAAUCGAAGAUUUGUUCAACUUGUUGACUAUCAUCAUGAUAAAGGCAAUCAAAUCUUUCAUAUCAUCACUGAAUAUUGUAAAGGUGGUGAUCUUUCUCAAAAGUAUAAACAUGUAACUGAUCAAAAUGAAAUCUUUAAAGAAUCAGAUAUCAGUAAUUUUAUUUCACAACUUUUCAAUAUUCUUUUGGAUCUUGAUAAACAUGGAAUUGUUCAUUGUGACAUUAAACCAUCAAAUAUAUUCAUUGAUGAAUUUUUUACUUAUGGUACUUUGAUUCUUGGUGAUUUUGGAUGUUGUAAAUUCAUUGAUAAAUCAACAAUCAUUGAAUAUCAAGAUACUAAAGAACAUACUCUUGAAACAAAUGAUUUUAAUUUAAAAACUAUCGAUCAUGAAAUAUCGGAGCCAACCACUUUUUCAUACAUAAAUGCAACACGUGGAACACCUGGUUAUAUUUCACCAGAAGCAAUGAACAGACAAUAUGCACAAUCAUGUGACAUCUUUUCAAUUGGAUCAACAAUACUCAAAUUAUUAUGUUGUCAUCAAGAUGAUCGAAAUAAUCAUCAACUAUUCCAAACUAAACGUGAAAUUAAGAUUUCAGAAUUCAGAUAUUCAAAACAAUUGAUUGAAUUUAUUCACCGAUUGUUGGAUCAGAGUCCAAAGAAUAGAGAAUCAUUGAAUCAAUUAUUAAACCAAUAUAUUGAAACUAUCACCAAUAAUCAGAUAAUUACAUUCAAUUUAAAUACUCCAUUUCAUAAUACCUCCGUCAAUGUCACUGAGAUCAAUUUUGGAAAUGAAUUCAAUCAAAUAUUAUCAAUCGGUGUCUUACCUGAAUCACUGAAAUCAUUGGUGUUUGGAAAUAAAUUCAAUCAAAUAUUAUCAGUUGGUGUAUUACCUGAAUCACUGCAAUCAUUGGUGUUUGGAUAUGAAUUCAAUCAAAUAUUAUCAGUUGUUGGUGUAUUACCUGAAUCACUUGAAUCAUUGGAGUUUGGAAAUGAAUUCAAUCAAAUACUAUCAGUCGUCGAUGUCUUACCUGAAUCACUGAAAUCUUUAUCAAUGACGAACUACAUCGAUAGAAAAGAUCUACCUCAACAUAUUGAAAACCUAUUUAUUGGAGGACAAAGAAUAGAUAUCGAGUCAUUCUAA